AUAGUUAUUUCUCGCCUGGCACUCGCCCGGGCCGCCGCUGCUGCUGCUGCUGCUGCUGCCGCCGCGGCGGGGGCCGCUCGCGAACCUGUGGCGGUGACGUGAGACCGGCCAACCCGGAAACGGCGGCGGCGGCGGCACCCGAGGCUCCGAGGCUCCUGCGCUCCAGCGCCCGCGGCCGCGCUCCCCUCGCCGCUCGCCCGGCCGCCAGGAGACGACACUGAGGCCUGGAGUUUGAGCAACACGUUCAAGGUUACCGAGUUGAUAGAAGGACAAGAACAGAAUCACCAGCACUGGCUGAAGCUUUCUUUCAGUAGAAGAGGUUUGCUGGCAUGGGUAAUCUCAUUAAGGUGCUAACCAGGGACAUAGACCACAAUGCAGCACAUUUUUUCUUGGACUUUGAAAAUGCCCAGCCUACAGAGUCUGAGAAGGAAAUUUAUAAUCAGGUGAAUGUAGUAUUAAAAGAUGCAGAAGGUAUCUUGGAAGAUCUGCAGUCAUACAGAGGAGCUGGCCAUGAAAUACGAGAGGCGAUCCAGCAUCCAGCAGAUGAGAAGUUGCAGGAGAAGGCUUGGGGCGCGGUUGUUCCACUAGUAGGCAAAUUAAAGAAAUUUUAUGAAUUUUCUCAGAGGUUAGAAGCAGCACUAAGAGGCCUUCUGGGAGCCUUGACCAGUACCCCGUACUCUCCCACGCAGCAUCUAGAGCGAGAGCAGGCUCUUGCCAAACAGUUUGCGGAGAUUCUUCACUUCACGCUCCGGUUCGACGAACUCAAGAUGACAAAUCCCGCCAUACAGAAUGAUUUCAGCUAUUACAGAAGAACAUUGAGUCGUAUGAGGAUUAAUAACGUUCCAGCAGAAGGAGAAAAUGAAGUAAAUAAUGAAUUGGCAAAUCGAAUGUCUUUGUUUUAUGCUGAGGCAACCCCAAUGCUGAAAACCUUAAGUGACGCCACGACAAAAUUUGUAUCAGAGAACAAAAAUUUACCAAUAGAAAAUACCACAGAUUGUCUAAGCACCAUGGCCAGCGUAUGCAGAGUCAUGCUCGAAACACCGGAAUACAGAAGCAGAUUUACAAAUGAAGAGACAGUGUCAUUCUGCUUGAGGGUAAUGGUGGGUGUCAUAAUACUCUAUGACCACGUACAUCCAGUGGGAGCAUUUGCCAAAACUUCAAAAAUUGAUAUGAAAGGUUGUAUCAAAGUUCUUAAGGACCAACCUCCCAAUAGCGUAGAAGGUCUUCUAAAUGCUCUCAGGUACACAACAAAACAUUUGAACGAUGAGACUACCUCCAAGCAAAUCAGAUCCAUGCUGCAAUAGCAGCCCUGGGCGGGCGCCUGCUGUGGACAGAAGACAGUAUUCUGCAGUGGCUGAGAAUGCACAGUUUUUAGUGAUUGCAAUUACUAUCUCAUGUACUCCUGCUUUUUAUUUCUUUCCUCUGUUCCUCUUCCCUCUUUUUUAAUCAUGUUCUCGUUCUCAAGACUUCUUUUCUGUGCCAAAACCAGUAAAGUUCUACUCUGAAGGGACACUGUCCUUUCGAAUGGGCCAUCUAAGGCAGCUAAUUCCGCAUUGCAUUGGGGUCUCUACUGAGAAAAAUUCUGUGACUUGAACUAAAUAUUUUUAAAUGUGGAUUUUUUUUGAAAACUAAUAUUUAAUAUUGCUUCUCCUGCAUGGCAAAACUGCCUAUUCUGCUAUUUAAAAACCGUCAACGACUUUAUUUCCUACUGCCGCUUUUUUCAUGUGCAGCCAAAAUGAAAAUGUUUAAAUUAACUGUGUUGUACAAAUGGUACCCAACACAAACUUUUUUUAAAUUAGUAAGACUUUUGUUUAAAGUUUUAAGUUUGCAUUUUGACUUUUUUUGUAAGGAUGUAUGUUGUGUGUUUAACCUUUAUUAACUAACGUUAAAAACUGUGAUGUGUGCGUAGAAUAUUACGUAUGCAUGUUCAUGUUUAAAGAAUGGCUGUUGAUGAUAAAAUAAAAAUCAGCUUUCAUUUUUCUAA